GGCGAGAUCAUGGGCAAAAGAUAUUACUGCGACUACUGUGAGCGCUCUUUCCAGGACAACAUGCACAACAGGAAAAAGCAUCUGUUCGGCGUGCAGCACCAACGAGCCAAGAAGGCCUGGUUUGACCAUUUCAGAAGCUACGCCGAUAUUUGGAAAGACGAACAGGCAAAGAAACCCUGCAGGAAGUUUCUCCAAAGAGGCAUUUGCGAUUUUGGCCCGAGCUGCAGGUUUUCUCACAUGUCCGAGGCAGAGAUGUACGAUUUGCAACGGAAGAUGCAAGAUGAGAGACGGCGCUCGGAGGGCUGGGAGGACCCGAGCGAGGCCCGGCCCAGCGUGGCCGCGUGGCUGACCACCAGGGAGAAGAGGAGAAGCGGCCGGGCCAGCAAAGGUGUGGAAGAGCAGCAAGAGGAGGAGCGCACGCAAGGUGACCUCCCGCCACAGAUCUUCUCCAUCCCGGACCUGCCACCCUCACUGGUGCCGCCUCCUCCGGGUGGCUGGAAGGCUGAGGGCAGUGCGCAGUGGGGAUGAACAUUUUCUUCAAGUCAAACCACCUGACGUUGUGCAAUUUCUUUUUUCUGUUCUUUUAAUUAGGUGUCAUGCGUUUGGACAGCUUUUACAAUACACACCUGAUACGGUCAAUUUUACACAAAGAAGUCAGAUCGAACACACACACACACACACACGUUCGUAUAUUGCUGCUAGUUUUGCAAUCCGUAGAUCCAGCAUUCCAACUACAUUUUUCAAAGUGCUCCACAGAUUUCACAUUUUAAAUACGUGACAAAAGGCACCUGACAGAAAGGAUAGAUAUAUACUUUUCGAGGAACACUCCAAGACAAAAUACACAUUGACAGUAAGAUCUGGUGUCCCGGUCGCUAUUUUUGCGUCGUUUGUACAUUGGCAUCGAAGCUGCUACUUGACAUGAUAUGUUCCGAUGAGGAGGUAAACGGCGAAUGUCAUGCCACGCUCACAAUCUUGGUCAUCGUGCGUACACGUUACAUUGGUUUUAUUGCAUCCGAAAAAUAAAAAGAGAUUCAAGUCUGCAAAGUG